UACUUUGCGCCAAAUUGGGCUACUUUUUUUUUAGUUUGGCGUUAAAAAAAGCAUUUGGCGCCCUGGCUACUUUUUGGGCUACGAAAAUUUGACUUGGCUACAUUUUGGGCUGGUUAAACAAAUUAUUUCAUCCUUUGUUUUGCACCUAGAGUGGUAAUACCUGUGAGCUGUCUACUCGUUUCGUUUUUAAACAUAAAUAAAUUAUAAAACUUAUAUAAAUUAUACUAUUAUUGGUAUUAAAAUGGGCAAAUGGACAAAGUAUUCUCGGUCCUUUCGUAAAGAAUGGCUUCAAGAUAAAAACCUUAAAGAUUGGAUUUCAGAAGAUCCAACAGCAGAGGACCAUGUUUUCUGUAAAUAUUGCAAGUGUAGUGUACGUGCACAUUAUUCUGAUUUAAUGAAACAUGUUGCUACAAAGAAACAUAAGUCUAAUGAAGUUCAGUGUGGUAAGUUUCAGCCUCUGAAUGUACUUGAAGUGCCUAGAGUAUUGCCAUUAGCAAAAAUUCGCAGAGAGGCUCGAAUUGCUCUGUUUGCUGCAAUGAGCACAUCUAUAAACUCUGUUGAUACUCUUGGAGAAAUUCUGAAUGAUGAGUUUAAAGAUGUAAGCAAUGGCAAAGAAACAUUUCAUAUGCAUCGUACGAAAUGUUCUGCUCUAAUAAAAAAUGUUUUGGGACCUUAUCUACAGCAGAAACAUCUAGAAGAUUUGAAAACAGCAACAAAAUUCUCUCUUAUGAUAGAUGAGUCAACUGACGUAUCCGAUUCAAAGCUCCUUGCUCUCUGCUCCAAACAUUACAGCAGAGAAUCGGGAAAAAUGAUCACUUGCUUCCUUGACGUGGUUGAAAUUCAAGAUGGAUGUGCUACAACUAUGCACGAUGCAGUUGUGUAUAAAAUGCAAGAGCUGGGUCUAGACAAAAAUAAAUUGAUUGGAAUUGCAACUGAUGGUGCUGCUUCUAUGUGUGGAAGAAACAACUCUCUUUAUACACAUUUGAGAGACUUUUGUGGGUAUGAUCUGAUACAUGUUAAAUGCAUCUGCCACUCUUUGGAUUUGGUGGCAUCUGCAGCGAAGGAUGAGCUGCCAAGUAAUAUCAGCUUCAUGCUACAGGAAACAACUGAACAUUUUUCUCACAGUACACUGCGUAAGAAUAUCUACAAACAUCUAUUUCAUGUGAUGAAUGAUACUACUGAUGAAGUUUCAGCUGACCCAUUAAAGUUAACAACCCCAAGCAAGACACGAUGGCUAUCUAUUUCUCUUUGUGUAGAAAGAAUUCUUAAUCAGUAUGAAGACCUGAAGUUAUAUUUUUCAGUUUAUCCUGCAAAGGACUACAAGAUACGUCUUCUUAGUGAAAUGUACGGAGAUGCUAGAAAUAAAGCAUAUUUGCUUUUUCUGGAUCCCAUUCUUUCGGAACUCCGGAGAGUCAACUUACUUUUUCAAAGUGAAAAUAUAGAUACUUUCGCAGCUAUUAAUGAAUUACAGUCACUGUUUAUAUCAUUUGCAAAAAGAAUUAUAAAACCUUCAGUCAUAAAUAACCAUUCUCUAGAACAGUUCUUGUGCAUGGAUUUGAUGAAUUUAAAAUCAGUGUACUUGCUCAUACCUGACUGUGACUUGGGUACAAAUUUUCACAGUUUUCUCGAAACUUCAUCAUUUUCAGUUCAUUCAAAAUUUGAGAUUAAGGAAAGAUGCUUUAAUUUUUUAAAAACAACAAUUCAUCAAUUACAAAUUCGGCUACCAAAUUCAAUACAGUGGUCAAAUCUAGUGGAAAGUGUGCGACCUGCAAAACUUUUACAGAUUUACGAAAUUGAAUCAAUCAUAAAAAACAUUUCCAAAAUACCGAAAUCCAUAUGCGAUUUUAACAGCGUGGAAUUAGAGAAGAUGAUACGCUGUGUCCAAAACAUUCCAGGAAUUACUCCAGACACAACGGGAGAACAUUUUUGGAAAACAGUUAUUGAAUAUAAGGAUACUGCAGGUAAUAAUCCUGCAACACGACUUGCUGAAGCAGCGUUGAAUAUACUUACACUACCGAUAUCAAAUGCUUCAGUAGAAAGAGCUUUUUCUGCUGUUAAUUAUUUAAAAAGUGACACAAGGAACAGAAUGGGGUUGCAACUUUUACGUGCACUCCUUCACAUUCGAUUUUAUUUACUUUCCAGAGACAUACGUGUGAGUGAAUGCAAAUUACCUGAAGAAUUACUUAAAAGUAUUAAUAGUUCUAUGUAUGAUUAAGGCAUAUUAUAAAUUAUAACAACAAUUAUGUAGGUUAUAAAAAUAUAAUCUGUAUAUUUAUUGUGUUGCAUUUAUUCCAUUAGUUUUUAAGCCUGAAUAAAUAGAAUACUUACAAACCGAUGUUAAUGUUUUAAAUUUUAAAUACUGCACCUAUUGAAUCUAAUGCUUUAUACAUGUUGACUGUGGCAUUUAGCUCGAGAGCAGGGUUGUUCCAAGCCUUUCUAAAAGGGUACUAAAAAGAGUAUUAGAUAACAAAAAAUGGUAUUAAGUUUUCUUUAAAAAAUCGACUAGUGACGUGAGAUAGUAUUUUUUUAAAUCGAUAUUAAUAUCGAUAAUACGACAUACGUACAGUACUUUCAGAAUCAAUACAUUAUGUCAAAAUGAUCUAUUCACUAAUGCAGGCAUUACUUUGACCGUAAACUGCUGAAUGUAUGUAUAUAUUAUAUAUUAUUUAAAUAUAUACUUAUAAAUAAUAUAUAAAUUUAUAAUUUUUCAAAUUUCUAUUUAUUAAAAUAUAUAUAGUGUUACAUGUUACAUACAAAAUUCACACAGGCUAAAUUCAUAUAUUGCAAGAAUGCUAUUAUUCUUCAACAACAAUCAAAUAAACAAAAUGUUGAAAAAAGUAAUGAACACAAAGUACUAAACUUUAAAAUUAUCACCUUGAAAAAUCACUGGUAAGAUCAUCAUCAUCAGAAUCUUCCUCACUGGAAUGUUUUUGUAUGGUUGAAGCAGAUAGUGAUUUCCUGUGUAACAUUUAUCUUUGUUGCUUUUAAGUAGCUUCUUUGCUAAUAACAGUGCUUCAAGGCAUAGGUAAAAACUCGAUUUUGUAUAGUUUUUAUUAAAUGUAAUUGUAAAAAAUACGUUCAACUGCUGCACUUGAAUGAGGAAGCAAUAAAAAAAAAUCUAUUUACUGCCAAAGUAAAGUAAAAUAAUACAGAAAUAUAGAAUAAAAAUGAAUGUUUUGAAAGGAAAGGUAUUAGGAUUUUAUGAAUGGUACUAGAAAUAUGGUGUUGGGUAUCUUGGUGCUAUGA